UAAAGUAAGCUUCGCUAACCCCACUACGAGGCUGUCACCAGAGCAAAAGAAUCCAAGAUGGCGAUGCGCGUACCAAAAGCGCCGGGCUUGGCGCAAAUGCUCAAAGAAGGCUCCAAGACAUACCAUGGUCUGGAGGAAGCCGUGUACAGGAACAUCGAUGCCUGCCGUGAGCUGGCCAAAACAACUCGGACAGCCUAUGGACCCAACGGAAUGAACAAGAUGGUGAUCAACCAUCUUGAGAAGCUGUUUGUGACCAACGAUGCAGCGACCAUCAUGAAAGAACUGGAGGUCCAGCACCCUGCGGCCAAAAUGGUCAUCCUGGCCUCACAGAUGCAGGAGCAGGAAGUCGGAGACGGCACCAACUUUAUCCUGGUGUUCGCCGGGGCCCUCUUGCAUAAUGCUGAAGAACUGCUUCGCAUGGGUUUGUCUCCAACAGAAGUCAUUGAUGGAUACAAUAUGGCUGCAAAGAAGGCCCUCGAAAUCUUGCCAGACCUGGUGUGUGGGGAAGUGAAGGACCUUCGGAAACACGAGGAGAUUUUCAAGGUCAUUCGAACGGCCGUGGCGAGCAAGCAGUACGGAAACGAGGACUUCCUCGCUAACCUCAUCACCAAAGCUUGCAUCAUGGUACAUCCCAAGAAGUCAGCUUUCAAUGUGGACAGUGUCAGAGUCUGCAAAAUGCUGGGCUGUGGAGUGUACCAGUCCAUGGUGAUCCAGGGCAUGGUGUUCAAACGGGAGGCAGAGAGUGACCUGAACAAGGCCAAGGACGCCAAGAUCGUGGUGUACAACUGUCCGUUUGACAUGGGCAACACGGAGACCAAAGGAACAGUUCUCAUCAAGUCAGCCAAGGAACUCAUGGACUUCAGCAAGGGGGAGGAAGGACUGAUGGAUGCUCAAGUAAAAGCGAUAGCGGAGACCGGCGCCAAGGUGGUGGUGUCAGGCGGGAAGGUGGCGGACAUGGCGCUCCACUACGCCAACAAGUACGGUCUGAUGGUGGUCCGCCUCAACUCCAAGUUCGACCUGCGGCGCCUGUGCAAGGCCGUGGGAGCCACCGCUCUACCCAGGCUGACCCAGCCCACAGCAGAAGAACUGGGCCACUGUGACAUGGUCUACUCUGACGAGAUCGGGGAGGACAAAGUUGUCGUCUUUAAACAAGAGAAAGAAGAAAGUGCUCUGGCCACCAUUGUCAUCCGGGGCUCGACAGAGAACAUCAUGGAUGACAUUGAACGUGCCAUUGAUGACGGCGUGAACAACUUCAAAGUAAUCACAAGGGACCAACGUCUGCUACCUGGUGCAGGGGCUACAGAGAUAGAACUGGCCAGGCAGCUAGCAUCAUAUGCAGAGACUUGCCCAGGUCUGGAGCAGUACGCAAUCAUGAAGUACGCCGAGGCCUUUGAGUCACUUGUAAAAGCACUAGCUGAGAACUGCGGUAUUAAGAGCCAGGAGCUGAUAGCCAACCUGUAUGCUGAGCACCAACAGGGCAGGAAGAAUGUUGGCUUUGACAAUGAGGGGGAGGGAGUUGCAGUUAAAGAUGUUGCUGAGGCCAAUAUCCUGGAGCCGUACCUCACCAAGAUGUGGGGCAUCAGACUAGCCUCCAACGCAGCGGCCACUGUAUUGAAGGUGGACCAGAUUAUUAUGUCCAAGCCAGCAGGAGGUCCCAAACCCAGAGAGAAGGCAGACUGGGAUGAUGACGACUGAUUGUGUAACUCCACGUGCCUACAGGACGUUGUAGUCUAGCUAGCACCCGUGUCUGUUUUUUUGAGUGGGUAUUUAACCGUACAUGUAGCAGGGGGACCACACAAGAUGGAACAAAAUGGAGGAAAAUCUGUUACUUGUGUGAUCAUUCCCCAGUUUUGAAUAACACAAUUGUGGAAGAAGUCCAGUGUUAAACAGUCCACCUUACCUCAAACAUGGGGACUCUGCUGAGAGAAGGAAUAAAGGAAGUAUGAGAUUACCAAGACAAAAUUUGUACACACACAAGAAUCACCAAGCAAUGCUACAGUGUUACUUCACAUUUGCAAGGAGUCCCUAAAUGUAUUAAACACUCAUGAAAUUAGUAGUUUUAACACGUUUCAAUGGCUAUUAGAUUUCAUUUUAUGCCACCAAAAGUGACAAAUACUUGCCAACAUUUUGAUUGUCCUUCUGCCUUCUUCCUCAGGAGAAAAUGACUGGAGCUUUGUCUCCCACUAAGUUAAAGAAUUUGGUCCUAAACAGAUUGAGGGGGGCCAAAACUCAGUCAUGUUUGGGACUGCAUUAUUCUUGCUGAAGCGCCAUCUAGUGGUGAGCAAUAGUACAACAGUCAUUAUUUCCCCUGAGGAAGUUAGCAGGAGGACUAUCCAAUCAGUGGCAGGCAUUGUGCUUGUGUAAAAUAAAAUCUAAUAUCCAUUGUACCGGACUUUGCAUGAUGUUGGCAAAUUCAUUAUCAACAUUAAAUCUUUUGUUUUUGUAACAAGUAAUGUAUACAAAAUUGUUUAAUGACUAUGAUAGCAAAUUUUGUAUCAUAUUACUACAUGUGUACUUCUGGGGAAAUAUCGCAUUCCAAAUACAUUUGUACAUUGUAUGAUUAUGAAUUAGAACUUUGUACAAUGUACAAACCUUAUUGCAUGCAACAUCUGAAGCCAUACAGGUGCUAGAGUUAGAUGAUAGCUUUUCUAUGUAUUGCUUUCUUUUCUAUCCCAUGGUGAAUUUCCCCACUUAUACUGUUUUUGUGUGUGUUUGUGUGAUUUAUGAAUUGUGACACUGAAAGACUUUAAUAUUAAGUACAAGAACAUCUGCUUAUGAUGAAUAUACACUGCUGUUGUAUUUGAAAAUUAAACAUGAAAUGACAGACUGUCA